AUGCCACGUAUGAUUCACCCUCUGCAUAUCAACGAGGACGAUCUUGAGAGAGGCCCGCUGAACUGCAUCUUCUUGUUGCAACCAUUCAACCUACUCCCGCUUGCUACCAAAGCAAUUAUUACCGUUCUCGGCGGACCGACGAGCGAUCUUUGGUCGGAAAAUGCAGCUCUUCGGAGGUGGACAGAAGAUUAUGGCCGACAAUUGGAGAGAUCGACACUACGUCGAAUCAAACAUGUCAACGCUAUUCCACAACAGCGGUUGCUAUUGAAGAAACGUGAGCCCCUGGUCUGGAAUAUGCCGGCCUACAAGAGCCAUUGUGAAGCCAUUGUGGAGGACUUCAGCAACUCUGCCUUGGACGCCGGCUGUGAGAUGUGA